AAAUAACAACACAGUAGCGCCUUGGCUGCGUCCUGUAAAGGCAGGGUACACGCAGAGGCGACAAAGCGGAGCGCCUUGUUGGGGUCGCAUGUCGCCACUGACACGGUUGACCGAUUUGCCCCAGAUCGGUUAGAAAUCUCCCUGCUAUGAUUUCUGGGUAAAGUGCGCCCUGCUUUGGUAUCCGCCCAUAUUCUCGUAAAGCAGGCCAGCCCGAACAGCAGCAAGAGCAGCUAGGCCAAAAAAAGGGACGCUGGAUCAGAUGGAAAGUUCAAUCGAUUGAUUCCUCCACCCUUUUUCUUUUUUUUUUUUUAAAUAUAUAUAUAUAUUUUUUGGUUUAGUCUGCAUGUCCCCGCUUGCUUCCGAAACGACGUCGAGCCGACCGGAAUGCGGGCGUUUUGGUGAGAAGCAGAAGUAGGAAAUGCGGAGAUCGAGUGAAACAGGAGGAUUAUCUGCCUGACUUCUUCGGUCGCUGCUUCAGACGCGGAACUCCACUGGCUAAAAAAAACGGUAAAUCAUGACAGAAUAUAAGCUGGUUGUGGUGGGAGCUGGUGGCGUCGGCAAGAGCGCGCUUACGAUCCAGCUCAUCCAGAAUCAUUUUGUGGAUGAAUAUGACCCGACCAUUGAGGACUCCUACAGAAAGCAAGUGGUAAUCGAUGGAGAGACGUGUCUGCUGGACAUCCUGGACACUGCAGGUCAGGAGGAGUACAGCGCCAUGAGGGAUCAGUACAUGAGGACAGGGGAGGGAUUCCUCUGUGUCUUUGCCAUCAACAACACCAAGUCCUUUGAAGACAUCCACCAUUAUAGAGAACAAAUCAAGCGGGUGAAGGACUCAGAGGACGUCCCCAUGGUGUUGGUUGGCAACAAGUGCGACCUCCCGUCCCGAACGGUGGAUACAAAGCAGGCUCAGGACUUAGCGCGCACCUACGGCAUUCCCUUUAUUGAGACCUCAGCCAAAACAAGACAGGGCGUCGAUGAUGCCUUUUACACGUUAGUCCGAGAAAUCCGAAAGCAUAAGGAGAAGAUGAGCAAGGAGGGCAAAAAGAAGAAAAAGAAGUCCAAGACAAAGUGUAUACUCAUGUGAAUAAUCACCCCCCCUUUUUCAAGACAGACUAAAACAAAAAAAAAAUGUUGAACAGUUCAAAGUAAUAACAUUUUGUACAUUACACUAAAUUAUUAGCCUUUUUUUUUUUUUCCAUUAGAGCUUUCCUUAAUAAAUACUAAACCCAUCUUGAUUCUUUCAUUCGGACAUCAAUAAGCUUCAUUUUCAGUGUAGUGCCAGAUGCUGACUUUUAAGAACCAGAUUAGCCAGAUUUAAUUUUUUUUUCUUUUUUUACAAAAAUAUAACAAUUAUGUAGAUGUCUCACAUUGCUGCCCAACCAGGAGGAAACUGUGUUACCAAUUAUAUUUGACAAAAAAAAAAAAUCUAUUAUGAUUCAAAUGUUUUUUUGCCGAAAUGCCACCACCUGGGGUUGUAUGGGAUGCCAAAGAAUGAGAAUUCAUCCCGGUUGUGUAGAUAAAGCAGAUGAGGAAGGAUCAACACGGCCCAGUGAGGUCCAAAUGUCCCUGCCACUGUGGAAUUUCCCCAUCGCUGACCUUUUGCUAACAAUUAGUUUUGUCACUGAUAAGUAUGCAUUAAGACUCGUAAUCCUUUUUUUUUUGUUCCAAGUGUUUAAUACCCUAGUUAGCCAUUAAUGAAUUAAUUUGAAAGUUGUCAUUGUUUUGUGUUGUGUGGGGAGUGAUUUCAUGCCUAAAUGAGAAAAGAUGGGUUUUUUUUCCCCCCUUUGUUUUAUGUUUUUCCCUUGCAUGCAUUGUGUCCUUAAUGACAUGGGGAUUACAAACCGCCUCUGGUUGAUGCAUUUAGGAGCCAGCAACGAGGAACUCAGACUCUAAUGUUCAGGUUUUUAAUAAAAAAUGCGUUUUAAGAAUUUCUUUUUGUCAAAAUUAAUUCUUUUUCUAAUGAAAUGUUAAAAGAUCCACUAUGAUUUUUAACAAAUGUUGACUGUUUUUAUGCUUUGUUCAAUAAGAUCCUUACAAAAAAAAAAGAAGCAAAUCAUUUCGGUUCUAAUUGUAAACCGUCUCAAUGCCCCAAGCAGAAGAUUUUACAUUUUCACUGUUUGCUUAGAUGUAAAAAGUUUUUUUGUUUUGGUAGCAGAGUAGAAACUUUUUUUUUUUUUUUUUUUUUGAAAGCUAUAAGGACUAUUUGACUGCGGUCCCAGAGGUUGUUAACAACAGGUUUAGGAGACGUGUUUGAAAUUGGCCGCCUCUUAAUAAUUGGAACGGAUGUUUUUAAAAUGAGGCACAAAUUGCCAUGAAAUAGGUUUUUUAGACAUAAAUGUCUUGAGUUAACCCAAACAAUUAAUCCUAGUUUCUCUCAGGUCAGCCCGCAUCAUCUUCGUCGUAUUUACAGACUGAGCGUUUUAUUUGCCUUUUAUUGUUACUUUAGGUGCUAUGUUUAGACAUUUAUUUUGUCCUGAGUUGUACCUAAGAAAUGCACAAAUUAUAGUUUUAAGGGUGAGAGGAUUUUCGUCACAGAAAAAUGGGAUUUUGCUUUUGGGAUUCAUUUUGACCCUACUAUUAUUACUUAUUUUCCCAUGAAGUAGAUACAUGCCUGAUGCAAUUUUAAUAACAAGGUCCACUUCAUAAGGACCAUUUUAAAUUUAGUUUUACUGUAAUGUUUAUGAUGUUCCUCCUUUUAUUGCGUGCCAACAGCUGAUUUCUGAACUGUAUCAUUUAUACCUGGAUCGUAUUUUAACAACCUUUGUAUAGUUGUGAUACCGAAAGGUUUCAUGUUUUGUAAAUUGUGCUUCGUUUCGUUUGGUGUGUCUUUAAUGAAUGUUGCUUUAAUGGAGUUCCACUCCGCUAUGUGUUUGUGACUGGAGAGUGUGUCUGGGUCCAGGUCUGCAGAGGGGAGUGAAUGACCACUUUACAGCGUACCUGUUGUGGGGGGCUACGUAAAGUGGUGAUCUGAUCUCAAAAAGGUCUCUUUUUUUUUUGCCAUGAAUCUUACCACUCCUAUUUAAUGUGUAAUAAAGAACAAAGUAAACAGAAACCAA